CUUGUAUCAAAAUGAAUAUUUCAUUAAUAUCAGAAUAUUUAGAAACAUAUCAAGGAAGAGAUAAAUUCUUGAGAACACUAUCUUAUAUGACAAAAUUUGCUAUGUUGGGUGCAUCUUCAAAUGAAACAAAAAAAAAGUUACAAAUUUUCAGUAGCCAACUGAGUGAAUGUAGGGUAAUUUUGAGAUUAUUAGAUGACAUGCCAAUGAUUCAUUAUGCUAUGACAUAUGGAUGGGGAAAACAGGAGCCAGAUUGGUUAAUCAGAUAUGCAGAACUGAUUCAAAUUUCAGUAGAUAUUAUAUUUUGUCCAAUAGAACACAUUUCUUGGGCUGGUAACCAUAAAUUAAUUCAGAUCAAUACUAAAGUAUGGAAUAAUGUUUCAACCUGGUUCUGGAUAAUAUCUUUGCACUUGUCAUUAUUAAAAUCUUUACGAAAACUAAACAAAUUCAGUAAUUACAAAACGCUUCUUGAUGAAACUAAUGUUAGUACAAGGAAAAAUAAAGUAGCUCUGAAGACAAUAGGCAAACAAAGAUGGAGUGAAUUAUUAACUUGCAUUAGAUUAGUAUUAGACAUAAGUUAUGCGGUUAAUUAUCUACCAUCUGGUAUAUUGUGGGGAGGUCAAUUAAAAACUUGGCAAGUUGGUGCACUUGGAACAUUGUCUUCUUUGAUUGGCUUGUAUCAAGCUUUAAGCAAAUAA